AUGAACUUCAAUCCCCUCAACCUCCUCCCCCUCCCCCCCACAUCUCUCGACCCGAAACCCAUCCCCACAGCACUCACCGUCGACCCCUUCUCCGACGCCGUUUGGGUCGGAACAUCCUCUGGCCUCGUCUCUGCUCUCUGCUCGCCCCUCACACUGACCAGAAAUGUGCAGUUUCCAGCGCACGGGUAUAAGUCUGCGAGAGGCGCGGGCUUUGGACAUCCGGCGGUGAGCGCGGUAAAGGAGAUACGGGUAACGGACAGGGAUGUAUGGACAUUGACAGAGGGUGGUAUUGGCGGGAGAAAGAGGGGCGGUGCGCCAAAGUGGACAGUCAGCGAACCGACGCGUACGCUACAGACCAUGGCGCCCAACCCGACCAAUUCCCAUGAACUCCUCGCAGGUGGCUCCGGCUCUCUUCUUCUUGCCAAUACGGCUCGAGGCGAGAUGGUCCGCACGAUUGACCACUCUAGCGCUGUGGUGAAACUUGCGCCAUUACAUCGAACUGUGCUCGCUGCGGGUCUGUCGGGACAAGUCACGGUGCUUGAUCCGAGAACCGGCUUCAAGGCGGCUCAGAACGUGAACUCGGUGCAAGCCCAUGUCGGUGGACUCAGUGGGGCAGACGUGCAGGACAAUCUCGUUGCGACAUGGGGGUGGACGCAUUUGCAAGGCCACCCGAUGCCCGACGCCCACAUCCGUCUCUACGAUGUACGAGCCUUACGACCGCUGCCCCCCAUAGCGUUCCCUUCCGGCCCCGCUUUUGUUCUACUCCACCCCACAUCUUCUUCACACCUCGUUGCUGCGUCUCAACAGGGCAUGCUUCAGACGAUCGACAUGUCCCAGGGCCCAUCUGCCACUGUGUUCCAACAGCUGGACAUCACCUCUUACCUGACUUCCAUGGCGCUGAGCUCGAGAGGCGAUUAUCUGACUUUUGGAGAUGCGGAUGGGCAGCUCCAUGUGUGGACGACGCAGGAAACAGGAGAAAACGCAGCACUGGAUGAGAACGGCGCGCUGGCCCUGCCGCCGUUCAAUGGGUAUGACGGAGUCAAACCCGACUGGCCUGACCCCGUGGAACCUCCUCCCGCCAUUGAUUGGACUAGCAACACCCCUCUCAAUAUGGUGGGUAUGCCAUACUAUACCGAGCCCCUUCUAUCAAACUUUCCUCCCGCUUGCUACGCCACUUCAACUUCACCGCUAUACAACCCACCCCCAACGAUACCUUCUUCUGUAUUGUCAUCGAUGAAGAUGGUCGACUUUGUUGGGUACGCGCCAAAUCCCAAGGAGCUCAGGGGCAAGCGAUAUGUCCUCCGAGCUACGCCGGGGGCCGAAAAUAGAGCAAAGGGGAGAGGCCGGGGAGGUCAUAGGAGAGACAGCGAGCCGAGGUUUAGAAGUGAAAAGGAAAAGAAUGGAAAACACAGCCUCAAAGAUGAGGAAGAUGGUCCCACGGGAGACGGAGAGAUACCAAAGUAUUACAGAAAGGUGGAGAUCAAGUAUUCCAAAUUUGGAGUCGAAGACUUUGAUUUCGAGUUCUACAACCGCACUCAAUAUUCUGGUCUCGAGACAGAUAUUCUCAACUCAUACACCAAUUCCUUACUGCAAGCUUUGCACUACACCUUGCCUCUACGGGCAGUAGCCACUGCUCACAUCUGCGUCGACUGCAAGAAGGAGCAUUGUAUGCUUUGUGAAGCUGGAUUCUUGUUUAGAAUGUUGGAAGAUGCCAAGGGCCGUAAUUGCCAGGCCAGCAAUUUCUCGAGAGCGUUCAGUGCGACUAGUCAGGCGUAUGCUCUUGGUUUGAUGGACGACCGCCAAAAUAACAAGUCUACCGCACCAUACGGCUCCCUCAUCCAGAACUUUAACCGCUGGCUUCUUUCGACUUUCAGCACCGAGUCUGUCAUUGGCGGCGAGACUUUUGACAUUCGAAAGACCAACGCGGCCGGCGACAGUGAGGUCGCUGUGGAGAAUCUCUCAAUCAAGGACAAGCCUUCUGCCAUUGACCAGGUUCUCGGUGUCGAAUUGACGACUACAAACGUGUGCAAGAAUUGCGGCUACACGACCUCUCGCCAAAAUACCCUGCACGCCGUCGACCUCCUCUACCCAAAAAAGGUCAACCACCGCCUCACCUUCCCCGACCUGCUCCGAUCCUCCAUCCUCCGCGAAUCCACCAACAAGGCCGUCUGCCCCUCCUGCAAAGCCUUUGCUCCCUUGGAAUCCAAGCGUUCGUUGACAUCUGCUGCAGAAGACGACUUGCCGCCAGUCAUGUCGGUUAAUGCGAUGAUGACGACGCCGGAUGUGUUUGGGUUCUGGAAGGAUAGGGAUAGUGAGAGGAUGAAGAGGGAAGGCAAAGAAGGAGCACGGUUUUUGCCGAGAAGAUUGGUAUUCAAGAAUGGCGCAAGGGGGCUGGAAAUAGGGAGAGAUGGAGAUGGUGUGGGGUAUGCGGUGAGGUCGAUGGUUGUGCAGAUCCAGGACUCGACAGAGAAUGCGGCGCAUCUGGUAUCCUAUGUCAAGAUAGCGGCGACGGACAAGAGUGAACCGCAAUGGGUCAUGUUUAAUGAUUUUUUGGUGCGCCCAGUGUCGGAAGCAGAAGUAUUUUCCUUUCCCGACCAAUGGAAAGUUCCUGCGGUCAUUAUCUUUGAAAGGGAAGAUGUGGAUACGCUUCUUGAUCUUGAUAGACUGCCAAAGGGGCUGGACAAGGAGAUAUUGUUCAAGGAUGUUUCCAUUGCUCGGAAUCGCAAAGAAGAUAUUAUCAAGCACAAGCUGCUGCGGCGAGACGAGAUGCCUCAUCGAGGAUCAUUGGUUGCCAUCGACGCCGAGUUUGUUGCUCUGCAACAAGAAGAAAUGGAGUUCCGGUCGGAUGGUACCAAAAAUAUCUUGCGACCGUCGCACAUGUCUCUGGCGCGAGUGUCAGUGCUGCGGGGAGAGGGUGAGAUGGAAGGAAAGCCAUUCAUCGAUGACUAUAUUCAUACGAGCGAGGCUGUGGUUGAUUACCUGACCGAGUUCAGUGGAAUCAAGGCGGGCGAUCUGGAUCCUAGCAAUUCGCCGCACACGUUGGUUCCACUAAAGGUAGCUUACAAAAAGCUGCGACUAUUGGUCGACUUGGGAUGUAUAUUCGUUGGACACGGACUGUCGAAAGACUUUAGAACUAUCAACAUCUUUGUCCCGCCCGAGCAGGUGAUGGACACUGUCCUCAUCUACACCAUUCCCGGUCGUCAACGCAAACUGUCUCUUCGAUUCCUCGCCUGGUUUCUCCUCCACCAAGACAUCCAAACAAACUCGCACGACUCGAUUGAAGACGCCCAUUAUGCCCUGCUGCUGUGCAAGCUGUGGAUGGACCACGCUUCGGAGGGCGAUAUCGCCUUUGAGAAUCUGAUGGAAGACAUCUUUGCUGAAGGAAGGAGGCUUGGAUUCAAGCCACCUUCGACGGUGGGGCUGUCGGCGGACCGGCCAGUGUCGCCGGGAAAAGUGGGGGCAGAGCCUAGUCUAGGGGUACAAGCUGCGAUUGCUGCUGGAAUGGCCACGCCGCCGUCGAAAGAGGCGCUGAGCUUGUCGUAUACACCGGCGGGCAGUCCGAGCCCGAGAAGGCGGUGA